AGCUUGAAUCCUGCUCAAUCCCAAAUUAUGGGCUCAAAUGACAAUCAAACUUUUUUCAAAUUUGGUUAUACGGAACAGAUCAUCUAUAGUCAUUUAUGCUCAAAAUCAAUUCUCCGAGUCAUAUUCUGGAUUACUGGAAGAAGUCUCGGGCUCCUUUAUUUUUUACAAUAAGACAAUGCAUCUCCCUUUUGCAAUCCUACGCUCGCCGCCGAUCACUCUGCUCCUGCAAACAUCUCCACGCGCUCCUCAUCUCUUCCGGCGUCCUCCUACGGCAUCCCCUUCUCCUCUCCACGCUCACCGCGACGUACUCGCUAUGCGGUCAUUUUUCUCACGCUCAUCAAUUGUUUGACAAAAUACCCCUUAAGUCUCCCUCUCUCUUCAACGUCCUCAUUCGCAGCAGCGUCGAUGCUGGUUUCCCCAAUGAAUCACUCCGUUUCUUCACCAGAAUGCAAUCCUCACAUCACAGACCGAACAACUUCACUUACCCCUUUGUCCUUAAGGCUUGCGGCGAGCUCUCCCUUCUCACCACAGGCGUGCAGGUCCACUGCAGAACAAUGGUUGAAGGGUUCAGUUCAAAUGAGUAUGUUCAGAACUGCUUGAUUGAUAUGUACAUGAACUGUCACAACAGGGAUGCAGCCACGAUUGUUUUUGAUCAAAUGGGUUGCAGGAGUGUUAUUUCUUGGAACACAAUGAUCGCCGGUUGCUUGCAAAAUGGCUUUGCGACUGAGGCAAUGGUUCUUUUUGAAAGAAUGGUAAGUUCUGGCAUGUUGAUUGACAGAGCCAGCUUGUUGUCUGUGCUUCCUGUUUGUGCUGAAUUGAAGGAUUUGCGGAGCUGCUGGUGGGUUCAUAAGUUGAUGGAGGUGAAUGGCUUUGAAUCUUAUCUUCCAGUAAGAAAUGCGCUGAUUGAUACUUAUGCAAAGUGUGGAAGAUUGGAUGUAGCAAGAAGGCUCUUUGAUGAAUCAAACUUGGAAAGGGAUGUUAUUUGUUGGACAGCUAUGAUUGGAGGCUAUGUUCUUAACGGCUGUAUGGUUGAAGCACUUUCUCUGUCACAUGAGAUGCAGUUGUCUGAUAUUAGACCAAAUUCAAUGACAAUUUCAUCUCUUCUCACAGCUUGUGGAAACUUGCCUUCUGAAGUUUAUGGGGUAUGCCUUCAUGGCUUGUGCAUUAAAAUUGGACUUGAGACUGAUGCUUUUGUAGAGACUGCUCUUAUUGAUAUGUACUCUAAAUGUGGAGAGAUGGAUUUGAGUUUGACAAUGUUUGUCAGUAGUUCAAAAAAAACUGCAACAUGGAAUGCAAUCAUAUCUGGAUUUGCUCGAAAUAGGAUGAUGCAUGAAGCAACUGAGCAGUUCAAGCUAAUGCUUUGGGAUGGAAUAAUGCCGGAUGUGGUCACAAUGAGAAGUUUGCUUCCUGCUUACUCCAGUCCUGCAGACUUGCAGCAGGCCAAAAACAUCCAUGGCUACUUGCUUAAGACUGCCUUCCUUGAGAACAUUGAACCAAUGACAUGUUUGAUCGAUUCCUAUGCUAAGAUUGGUUGCUUGGACAUUGCAAGGGAGCUCUUUGAUGGGUUGCCCGCAAAAGAUUUGGUUGUUUGGAGCGUGAUUAUUGCCGGAUAUGGAACUCACGGUCAAUCAGAUGAAGCAAUAUGUCUUUUCGAUCAGAUGCUGGAGUCUGGAGUGGAACCAAGUGAAGUUACUUUCACUUCGGUUCUGUAUACAUGCAGUCAUGCUGGCCUAGUGGAGGAAGGCUUAAGAUUGUUUGAUCGAAUGACAAGGGUUCAUGGCAUGAAACCAACAAUUGAUCACGGUGUUUGUCUUAUCGAUCUCCUAAGCCGUGCUGGUAGGCUUGAAGAAGCCUAUAUGCUGACGAAGGAGAUGCCUUACAAGGAUAAUUAUGCAAUGUUGGGAGCUCUGUUGGGAGCCUGUGUGGUACAUGAGAAUGUGGAGUUGGGAGAGAUGGCUGCCAAGAGAUUGUUUGAGAUACAGCCGGAGAACACUGGAAACUAUGUCUUGCUUGGGAAUAUUUAUGCUGCAGUGGGGAGGUGGAGGGAAGCAGAGGCUGUGAGGAGUAUGGCCAGUGCAAGAGGAUUAAGGAAAGAAAAGGGUUGCAGUUCUAUUGAUGCUUGCAAUCCAUGAUUCUUCGGCAAAAACCGUAAGCAUAAAUUGUGUGGUGGGCUAUAAUGCUGAAAUAAAGGUGUCAUAAGGAAUUGAACAACAUCCAGACUCGCGCUCUGUCAGUAUGCAAACGUGCUCAUAACGGUUUAGUUGAACUCAGCCAAUCAGUGAAUGAAUCUGGUCAGCUAAUAAGGAAGUGGAAACUCCAACUCGUUGAAUGGAUGGACUGAAAGAAUAAGGAUGGGAAGAACUCUUACUCGAGUUAAUUUUAGAGCUCUUGUAUGAUAAAAUUAUGUACUUAGUCCUUGGUCGACUAGGAAAGAGUUAUUCCUCAACAAAAUCUCCAAGAGCACCAACCUUCCCACACAUUGCAUAGAUGUGGGAAGGGCGGCCUAGACCAAAGGUUGAAUCCCCCUUAAUGAUGUUUAAAAUAGAAGCAUGGAUAACAUUCCCUAGAUCUAUGGUCAUCUUUCACUCUCUGAAUACAAAAAUUGAGG